AGUGUUGAGGAUGUAUGAAUAAUAUUUAGUUCGUGUUUGAGUCACGCGUAUUUAUUUAGUGAAUUGUACGCAUGCGCGGUUUUUUCUUUUGUCAACGAUUCGCGCGUUUUCUUCUCAGACAGAAGAACGAUUUCGUUCGAGUUCACACGCUUGAGUAACGUGCAACAUAGUUUUUCUUUUCAUUAUAAUCUUACGUUCAAGUAUUCAAUAAAGUGUAUUAUCAUCCUCACGGCUGAUUUUACCUCUCAGGAGUCCACUGUGUGUCUUGUAUUGUGUAUAACCUGCUAAAACCGUAACAGGUUAUGGGCCCAGGGCUACGAGCGCAGUAAGAGGUUACGUGAGAGGUUAUUUUGUCGAACCGGCAAGAGGUGAUAAAGACGAACAUAUUUUGCCGUGGUGAUCAACGGAGACAUUCUUUCUCGACCAUGGGCGAUUCCUUUGAUUUAAGGAAUAUUACAAAGUUUAACGGGACAAAGUUCCAAUUAUGGAAGUUCCAAAUGUUAGCAGUUUUCGAAACUUGCGGCUGCAAGGAGAUUGUGAAGGGGUCUUUAGUGAGACCUGCGGAAGACGACCCUAUACACACAAACUGGGUUUCUAAGAAUGCGAAAGCCAAAUGCAUUCUUGCUUCUUCGAUGGAGUUCGCACAAUUAGAGUAUCUCAUUUCUUGCCAAACGGCAAAUGAAAUGUGGCAAAAGUUAAGUAAUAUAUACGAGCAACGCAGUGCUGCUAAUAAAUCUAUACUUUUGUCACGUUUUUACGAGUGUCGAAUGGGCGCUAACGAGACAGUAAUGCAACAUGUAUCCAAGAUCGAGAAUCUGGCUCGACAGUUGAACGAUGUAGGAGAGGCGUUGUCCGACAUAGCCAUCAACACCAAAAUUUUGAUGACGCUUCCUGAAAGAUUCAACCCACUGGUCACCGCGUGGGACAGUGUUCUUGUGGAAAAUCAAACACGUGCAAAUUUGAUCGAGCGAGUGAUAAAGGAGGAACAACGGCUGACAGUCACGGAUGCGAAGGCAGAGGCACUCGUCACAACAAGCACCGGAAAAAGAGGCGAUAAAUUUAAAAUUAGUAAGAAAUUCGAUAGUACGAGCACGCGUAAAAAAAUAACGAAAGAUGUGGAGCAAAUGCUGCUGGAGGACCAACCCCCUGCUGCUGCAAAUAUGCAACUGUUACAGUAUUUGGUGAAGCAGCAUCAACAACAACAACAACAAGAAAUAAUGCAGCGGCAGUUGCAAUUUCUGUUGCAUCAGCAGGGGCAGCAGCAACAGCAGCAGGAGCAGCAGCAACAGCAGCAAGAGCAGUUGCAACAGCAGCAGCAGCAACAGCCGCAGAAACAAGUGUUGUAUGCUGUAUGCUCUCUUCGUUAGAGUUGUUACAAUCAAUGUUUUUCUCAUCUUUCCAUUGAUUUCUAGAUGGGACUGCAUCAGGUUUUAAAUACUUUUUUUCUCCAACUACACUUAUGUUGAAAUCCUGUUCUGUAAAGUGUUUUGAACAAAGUUUUGCGUUUUGAUUCAUAUGUUCCAUAUUUAGUACUGAUAGCCAUAAUUUCAUUAUGUCGUCCUUUUGUGGAACUCUGAAAAAAAGAUAAUUAAUAUAAUACUUAUUAUUUUGUAUAAUUCAAUGUUUUUUUUUUGUUAUAAAAUAUUUAAUAAAAAAUAUUUAAAAUAUAUCUAAAAUAAUGGAUGUUCAAAAUGUCCCUUGUAUGUAAAACGCAACUACAUAAUCUAACCUCACUUUUCAUAAUUUUACUUCAUAAUUGAUAUUAAAUACUAUUACACGCACUUAUUGUAUCAUAUCACAUAUAGUUUAUAUGUAUAUUUAACAAACGCUAUGCAAAAAUGUAUAUAAUUACAGCUUUAUAACACGUUAAGAAAGUAUAUUAUAAAUUAUAACAAUGUUUCAUACAAGAUAAAAUGUACUUACU